AGAUUUUUGAAUCUGCCAUUUAUUUAGGCGUACGUAUCGCACUACGAAAUUCACAGAUCCCGAACUGAAUUACCAUGGCGAUGAAGCCAAUUAUAUUUGUUCUUUUGCUUGCCAUCAUUUGGAUCCUGUACAUUUAUGUGGACUUCGGGAAUUUACUGGAAAUCACAAGAUUCACAAAACCGAACUAUAAAAAGAAGCAAAUUGGAUGCGUAGACACCUCGUCAAAUAAAAGCGAUGAUGUGACGAUUUUGUCAACCACUGCAAUCAGAAACAGUAAUGAAAACAACAAGGAGAGCGGAACCAACACAAUGCCUGAUACUAAUAACAGAAGACAUCACAACAAAAUGAACCUGGGAAAGGAAUCUUUGAGCCAAACUGGUAGUAAUAUAAUUACUCGACUCGAACAGAAACAAUUAGGAAAGAAUACACAGCAAAAUAACAUAAUGCCAGACGCUAAUGGCAGCAAUACAACUAAAAAGAAAAUCAAGAAAGGAAACGUUUAGGCCACACCAAUAAUAAGGCAACACAAACAACUACUAAACUCGGACAUAAAACAGAGAGAAAGGACAAAAUUACCCAGCACGAUACCGUAAUCAGCUCA